GCAAUACGGCUUUUGAUGCAUGUGCUUCUUUCCUGCUUUAGUCGAGAUCUCGUUUGUUAAGUACAACAUCUGUUAAAUUGUUAAUAUCCAGAUAGUUGUGGGUUUAACCGAAGAUUAACUAUUUCAAUUGUGUGUUCUGCGUUCAAGCUGGGUCAAACUAAUUCUGAAGAAUUCCUAGAGGAUUUACAAUUGCCGACGUGAAACGCCACCAAGACCUCCUUUCAGGGAUGUCACAGGCUACUAAGCGCAAGCAUGUGGUGAAGGAAGUGCUGGGAGACUUCAUUGUUCCUUCAGGAAAUCAACAAAUAGUUAGAGUUUUAGGGAGCCCCGGGAAUAACCUUCAUGAGGCUGUCACUGCUGAGGGAGACCGCUUCCUGGUCAGCAUGCCUACCAAGUUCCGCAAGAAUAUUUGGAUAAAGAGAGGAGAUUUUGUGAUUGUUGAUCCUAUCGAAGAGGGAGAGAAGGUGAAAGGGGAAAUCAUUGUCAUUCUCUACAAGGAUCACAUCCGACACUUGCAGAAAUUGGGUGUUUGGCCAAAAGGUUUCUGUGAAAAUUCUGCUUUGGAGGUGAGCAAAGAGGAGCAACCAGAUGGAGAGAAUUCCAACAAAGAAGAAGCUGAGGAGAAUGGAGAUACCAGCGAAUCAGAAGAUGACAGUGAUCUUUUUGUCAACACAAACCGGGUCAGAUACCAGUAUAGUGAAAGUGAAGAUGAAGAAGAAGAAACUGAUGAGGAACAGGGUGAAUAGAUUGGGGGAACAGACUGAAAGAUAAGGGCUGAGCAUCUUUCCCUUUUACGGACCGAAGGGUUUAUGAACUCUGCUUUUAAGAUAGACAUUCAGAUAUUUUUAAUGUUUGGUUCUGUUUAAGGAAUAGUACCAGACAUAUCAUUUCACUUGGACCAAGAUAUUGUGCAGGUGUGUCAACUUUGCUUGCAUGUAAAAGAGCAGGGAUCAUUGGCUUAGACAACAGGUGAAACAAUUCCAAAACAUGUUUUGGCUGUGAAAUAUUUGCAUUGGAAUCAUACAAGUUCUUGGUAUUUACUGCUUUGUCUGUACCAGACAGUGCAUUUUUGGUUUACUUAUGGGUUACAAAUAAUCCUUCACGAUGGUAAUGGAAUAUGCUAUAUAUGUUUCCACCUUUUAAUGCUGACAUAACCACUGCAGUCUUCCAAAACAUGUUCCUCUACUUUUGUUGCUUAAAUGCUUUGAGACAGCAAUGAGCAAUCUUUGAUUCAUUUUACAAAAGAAACAAGCAGGGCUGCACAGACACCAGUAUAUUUAAUAUGGGUUACAUAUGUGUGAUGAAUGUAUCAGCAUGCAUGUAUUAAUUCAAAUG